UCACAGGCUGGACAGUCAAGCAGUGUGUCUAACAAGUCAAGAGUUACAGCUGUUGUCUAAAAAAACCUGCUGUUAAAUUAUGGGGAGCAGCAGCGAUAGCGAACCUUGCCUCUUCCCAGCUGAUAUACUGAAGUCCUUACUGCCUCCAAUUCUUUUAGUGGAGUUUGUAUUUGGAUUGCUGGGGAACGGUAUGGCUCUCUGGGUUUUCUGUUUUCAUAUGAAGUCCUGGAAACCGAGCACCAUCUUGCUGGCUAACCUGGCCGUGGCUGAUUUCUUGCUCAUCAUCUGCCUCCCGUUUCGAACCGAGUACUACCUGAGGGAGAAGAACUGGGUCCACGGCGAUCCAUCCUGCAGGAUCAUCUUGUUCAUGCUGGCAAUGAACAGGGUGGGAAGUAUUGUAUUUCUUACAGCUGUGGCUCUGGACCGGUACUUCAGGGUUGUCCACCCUCACCAUAGAAUAAACUCCUUAUCAAACAGAAUGGCUGUUUUAGUGGCCGCCUCCAUGUGGGUCCUGUCCGUGGCCGUGACAGCAAAGCUCCUGACUGAAACGCACCUGUAUAACAGUACUAAAACUGCAUCCAACAUGGCAUCGUGGCAUUGUGACAGCUUUGGCAUUUACCCCAAAAACAAGUGGGGAGAGUGGCAGGAUUCGUUGUUUAUUGCAGAAUUUUGCUUGGCUCUCUGCAUCAUUUUUUAUUGCACCUACCAAAUUAUCUACCAACUGAAGAGAAGACAGCUGAACCGAGAAAACAAGAUAAGGAAAGCGGUGAAGUUUAUAUUCGCGGUUGCAGUAGUUUUCCUUCUUUCUUUUCUGCCCAGCGUUGCGUCCAGAAUCCAUGUGAGGGUCCUGCUGUUGUCCCACAAUGAGUGUAACGAUUUUGAGAAAGUGGAUCGCAUGUUUUAUAUUACAGUUUGUUUGACGUAUUUCAACAGUGCCCUGGAUCCUUUAGUAUAUUAUUUCUCCAGUCCGACUUUCAAACAGUUUUAUAAAAACAUAAUCCAUUUUCAAAAACCACAACCAGCAAAUUCUUCAAACAGUGCCGGCAGAGAUCUGAGUAUUGACAUCGACGCCAGUCGAACCCAGUCGGUGGUCUACCUGUAAAAACAAAUUCGUUGCAAAUAAAUGGCGGGGUCUCAAAUUUACUUCCAAGACACCAGCAUUUAAAAUCUGGACGAGGUACAGGACCAAAUGCCUUCCACAGAAUCAUCUGUAUCAUUUUAUUAUUUGCCUUAUUUAAAUGCCUCAUUCAAAACACUGUUAUCGAGGCUUGCUGCCUUUUGUUCAGAAUGCAAUACUCUUCAGCUGUUGUAUAAAGUCUUAUGAUUAUUUAAGCUCACGUACUCGGCGACUUUAACCAAAAGGUUCAUUUGCUAAGUUUAUUUUUUCUAACAGUUAACGCCACAAAGGAAGGAUGUCUGGAGCAUAAUCUGCCCAGUGGGGGUUGCCAGGCUGGUGUAGCUGCUCCAGGGGUCGCAUUAGGUUUGAAUUCUGUCAGCGAUUACUUAGUACUGAAGAUGAAGCAGUAAGGGUUACCUUGGGUACCACUAAACUUGAAUGAUUUGAAGGUUGCCUGCCUCAUAUUUCCUGUAGUCCAGUUACAUUUUGUAUUGUACACUUUUCCCCCAUAUCGCUACUGGAUCUAAAUGAAUAUAGAUCUUUUUCUUCAUGAUUAUUUUUCAGUUGGAAAUAUAUUAAUCGUACGUGCCUUAAAGGCAUUUUUCACCGAAGCAGCUAUUUGUAUACAGUAUUGUUGUACAUAUUGGAAAGUUAAGGCAGUAUCUCUUUUCUUGGCAUUUUCUGGAGUCAUGUGUUAGUAGCAGAUGCCAAGGUUUCCACCUUUUCAGAUGGUCAAAGCGGGACAGAGUUGCCACCUUUUCAAAUGACCAAAGUGGGACAUUUUUUGUAAAAACAUCAUAUUUUGCA